AUGAAGUCAUCUAUCUCUGUUGUUUUGGCUCUUCUGGGCCAUAGCGCUGCAUGGUCAUACGCCACCAAGUCUCAAUACAGGGCUAACAUCAAGAUCAAUGCCCGCCAGACCUAUCAGACGAUGAUUGGAGGGGGUUGUUCGGGCGCCUUUGGUAUUGCUUGUCAGCAAUUCGGGUCUUCUGGUCUGUCGCCUGAGAACCAACAGAAGGUUACCCAGAUUCUCUUCGAUGAGAACAUUGGCGGCCUGUCUAUUGUUCGGAAUGAUAUCGGCUCCUCGCCAGGAACCACCAUUUUGCCAACCUGUCCCGCGACGCCGCAAGACAAGUUCGACUAUGUGUGGGAUGGCAGUGACAACUGCCAGUUUAACCUCACCAAAACAGCUCUCAAAUACAAUCCGAACCUUUACGUUUACGCGGAUGCCUGGUCCGCUCCCGGCUGCAUGAAGACGGUCGGGACUGAGAACCUCGGAGGGCAAAUCUGCGGUGUGCGAGGAACCGAUUGCAAACACGACUGGCGCCAAGCAUAUGCCGAUUAUCUCGUACAAUAUGUCCGCUUCUAUAAAGAAGAAGGCAUCGAUAUCUCCCUUCUAGGCGCCUGGAACGAGCCAGACUUCAACCCCUUUACCUACGAGAGCAUGCUUUCCGACGGAUAUCAAGCCAAAGACUUUUUGGAGGUUCUCUAUCCUACGCUCAAGAAGGCUUUCCCGAAAGUAGACGUCAGCUGCUGCGAUGCAACUGGCGCCCGCCAAGAGAGAAACAUUCUUUAUGAGCUCCAGCAGGCGGGUGGCGAGAGAUACUUUGACAUUGCGACAUGGCACAACUACCAAAGCAACCCAGAGCGCCCAUUCAACGCCGGUGGAAAGCCAAACAUACAGACUGAGUGGGCAGAUGGCACGGGUCCAUGGAACAGCACCUGGGAUUAUAGCGGCCAACUUGCUGAGGGCCUCCAAUGGGCAUUAUAUAUGCACAACGCGUUUGUCAACAGCGACACCUCAGGCUACACGCACUGGUGGUGUGCACAGAACACCAACGGCGACAACGCCCUCAUCCGCCUUGAUCGCGACAGCUACGAGGUGUCGGCUCGCCUUUGGGCUUUUGCCCAAUACUUCCGCUUUGCCCGGCCCGGAUCUGUCCGCAUUGGUGCAACAAGCGACGUCGAGAACGUCUAUGUGACCGCAUAUGUCAACAAGAAUGGAACCGUUGCUAUUCCCGUCAUCAACGCCGCUCACUUUCCUUACGACCUUACAAUCGAUCUGGAGGGUAUCAAGAAGAGGAAGCUGAGCGAGUACUUGACGGACAAUAGCCACAACGUCACCUUGCAAAGUCGGUACAAGGUCUCUGGUAGCAGUCUGAAGGUGACUGUUGAGCCGAGAGCGAUGAAGACUUUUUGGUUGGAGCCGCAAUCGACGUUUGCCGUCAUAUGA